GCCAUGGCCGAGCUCCGCGCCGAAGCCUCGUGCCCGCUGUGCCUCGGGCUCUUCCAGGAGCCCGUGUCCAUCCACUGCGGGCACAACUUCUGCCGGGCGUGCAUCGAGCGCUGCUGGCAGAGCUGCCGGGACAGCUUCGCGUGCCCGCGCUGCCGGGAGGCGGCCCCGGAGCGCAGCCUGAGACCCAACGCGGAGCUGGCCGGCAUCAUCCGCAUCGCGCAGCGCCUCAGCCUCCGCGGCCGGGCCCGCGACGGGGAGCGGCUCUGCCCGAAGCACGGCGAGGCGCUGAAGCUGUUCUGCGAGGAGGAGCAGAGCCCGGUGUGCCGCGAGUGCCGCCGCUCCCCGGAGCACCGGCUGCACGCCGCCGUGCCCAUCGAGGAGGCGGCGGAGGAGCACAAGGAGAAAUUCCAGGCUCACGCGCAGAUCCUCAGGGACCGGAGAGAGAAGAUGCUGGGGCAGAAAGCGGCGGAGGAAGGGAAGAGCUCGGAGCUGCUGGAGCGGGUGGCGGCGGAGCGGCGGCGGCUCCGGUGCCGGGUCCGGGAGCUGCAGCAGCUCCUGGAGGGGCAGGAGCGGCUCCUCCUGGCCCGGCUGGCGCAGCUGGAGCGGGACAUCGAGCGCAGGCGGGAGGAGAGCGUCGGCCGCCUCUCGGAGCGCAUCUCCUCCGUGGGACGGCAGAUCCAGGAGCUGGAGGAAAAGUGCCGGCAGCCGCCCUGGGAGCUGCUGCAGGACAGCAGAGACAUCCUGAGCAGGCUGGAGGAGCAGAGCGCCCCAGAGCAGGUGGAGACCUCAGCAGAGCUGGCAGAGGAACCCACAGGGCUGCCCCAGGAAAAUGUCACCCUCAAGGAGAUGCUGAAGAAAUUCCAAGUCAGCCUGACGCUGGACCCCGACACCGCCCAUCCCCGCCUGGCCCUGUCCGAGGAUGGGCGAUGCGUCCGCUGGGACGACGCCCGCAGAUCCGUCCCCGACCACCCCAAACGCUUCGACUCGUCCCGCUGCGUGCUGGCCCGCGAGGGGUUCACCUGCGGCCGCCACUACUGGGAGGUCCAGGUGUGCCAGGGCUCGGCCUGGGCCCUCGGCGUGGCCAAGGCCUCUGUGGCCAGGAAGGGCCGGGUCAGCGUCAAGCCCGAGCGGGGGAUCUGGGCCGUGGGGCAGUGUGGCAGCCAGUGCCAGGCUCUGACGUCCCCCAGUGUCCCCAUCGCCCUCCCUGAGGCCCCCGAGGUGGUUGGGGUCUACCUGGACUAUGAGGGCGGGCGCGUGGCGUUUUUCGAUGUGCAGAGGGAGCUGCCGAUGUUCGCGUACCCCGCGGCGAGGUUUGGGGGUGAGGAGCUGCUGCCCCUGCUGUGCCUGGGCAGGGGGUGCUGCUUCAGGCUGAGCCCCUGA